AUGUGGACAACAACCUGUGGUUUGCGGGGCAGGAAGCUCCAUAUUGCCAUCACCAUCACCUCUGUUCUGGGGUUCUCGCUCUUCGGCUAUGAUCAGGGUUUGAUGUCCGGUAUCAUUUCCGGCGACCAGUUUACCCAGGAGUUCCCCCCUCUCUACAUCCCCCCAGAGGACUCUCCCGACUACUCCGCCUCUUACUCUCAGCACGUCUCGGUCCUUCGUGGUGCGGUGACGGCCUGUUACGAACUCGGUUGUUUCUUCGGCGCCAUUUUCACCCUCAUGUACGGUGAGAAGAUCGGUCGAACCCCGUUGCUGGUCGCUGGAGGCAUCAUCAUGGUCGUCGGUGCCGUCAUCUCCACCGCUGCUUUCGGCCCUCAGUGGGGCUUGGGCCAGUUUGUCGUCGGCCGUGUGAUUUCAGGCCUUGGAAACGGCAUGGAUACGGCGACAAUUCCGGUUUGGCAGUCAGAAUGCUCUCGCGCUCACAAUCGAGGGUUCCUUGUCUGUUUUGAGGGUGCCAUUAUCGCCGUCGGCACUUUCGUCGCCUAUUGGGUCGACUUUGGUCUUUCGUACGUUGACACUUCGGUCCAGUGGCGCUUCCCUGUCGCGUUCCAGAUCAUCUUCGCUAUCCUGGUGACCGUGGGCGCUCUGAUGCUGCCCGAGUCCCCUCGCUGGUUUGUCAUGAGGGGGCGUGACGAGGAAGCACGCCACGUCCUGGCCCAACUCAACGAUGCUGAACCCGACUCCGAGAGCGUGCUCAACGAUUUCAACCUCAUGAAGGCCGACCUCAGAUCGACCCAGGACACCAAGGCCAGCUGGAAGACGCUGUUCACCUUUGGCAAGACCCAGGAAUUCCAGCGCAUGAUGAUCGGCUGCUCCGGUCAGUUUUUCCAGCAAUUCACCGGCUGCAACGCCGCCAUCUACUACUCCACGCUGCUCUUUGAGCAGAACCUGAACAUGUCACACCGUCUCUCCUUGGUUUUGGGUGGUGUCUUUGCCACGGUCUAUGCCCUCGCUACCAUUCCCUCCUUUUUCAUGAUUGAGAAGGUUGGCCGCCGCAACCUAUUCUUGAUCGGCUUCCUUGGCCAGGGUCUCAGUUUCAUCAUCACCAUGGCCUGCCUCAUUGACCCCACUGUGGAGAACUCCAAGGGUGCCAUCGUCGGUAUCUUCCUUUUCAUCUGCUUCUUCGCCUUCACGACUCUGCCGCUGCCCUGGAUCUACCCACCGGAGAUCAACCCUCUCCGCACCCGUACCAUGGCGGCUGCGGCCUCAACUUGCACCAACUGGAUCUGCAACUUUGCCGUCGUCAUGUUCACCCCCGUUUUCUCCGACGCCAGUGGCUGGGGCAUCUACCUUUUCUUCGCACUCGUCAACUUUUGCGCUGUGCCCUUCGCCUGGUUCUUCUACGCUGAAACCGCCGGCCGUGAUCUGGAAGAGGUUGACAUUAUUUUCGCCAAGGCCCAUAUCGAGGGCAAGUGGCCCUACCAGGUCGCUAAUGAGUUGCCCAAGCUCAAUUCCGACGAGAUUGCUCAGAUGUCGGGUGACCUGGGCUUGAGUUUACCGGAUGCAAGAGUCACGUAUGGGGCUGAGAAGGCGGAGAUCGCCAUUAGCAGCGGUGACAGCCAGGAGAGGCAGAUCAAUGAAUAG